UUUCAGUCAUCUGGUUGCAUGGAAAGGAAAAAUUGUUUCUCAAAUGAUUGCAAUUAUUUUUCUAGGAGGCUUUAAUUCGUUUUCUGUUAUUCUAUCCUUCCUUUUCCAUGUUCAUAUGUGAUUUGCAUCUACUUGAGAAUUAAGACAAAACAUUGGUAAUAUAUUUGUGAUGCAUCAGUGUGGUUCUUUUCCAGAAAAAAAAACAUUGUGGUUUUAGUGAUCGUACUGCUUCUACCAUAUGCUCUAAUAACAAAGUUAGAGUUGGAUAUAUCUUGUUACCAUACCACGAAUAUGGAUAGGAAAGGGAUAGUCUAUUGAGGCUCAAAUACUUAGGCUUGUUCUAGAAUCUGGAAUCAAUGAUUGUAACAACUUGAUACUGUGAUAGAAAAAUCAUGCUGUGAUACUUUGUGCCGCAGAUCUCAAUGCAUGGUAGACUAACCUCUCUGUUUUUUUUUUGUGGGUACAUCUAGAAUUCUGCAUAUCUUCUUAAACAGUUAUAGUAAAUCAGUAUAUAUUGUUCCAUAUUUGCAUGCAUCUUCUAUUACCUCAUCUGAUAUCAAAUUCGAGAAACAUGUUUCAUGUUUAUAUAUUUUAUUUUAGCAUUUACCAUCAGCUUUUAACUUUGGCGGUUUUCAUGGUUGCUCAGAUUUAACUUAUCACAUUUUCCAGAUUGAUAAGUCUUUCAAAUUUUUCUAUAAAAAACACAGCGUAAUUAUAGAGUAUUGGGAAAAAGAGCAGAUGAUCCUUCUGGAAACAGAAUCUAGCAUUUAUCCUCUUACCUUGCUGAGCCGAGGCUGCAAGGAAGUGGAGGAUCAAGUAAAGGAGUAGUUCAUCCUUGCUGCAGCAUGCUUCUUUAGAUCCCAACUCUUCACUCUGCCUGCAUUUGGUGCAAAGCAAGUUAAAGGUUGUUCCUUUCGUUAUGAUGCUCCCUUGACAAGGAAGGAAUCUGAUGCCUAUCCACAUGUUAUCUGUUUCCACGCCACCUUCCGUAUUGGAAUGUGUGACAUCUGACUGCAAAAAAGCAUAUUGUUCCAUAGCAAUAUACAUCUGAAUUCUCCUUGCAUGGUAAAGACAGCCUCUGUCUUUGCUUCCUCACCCUUAUUCAUCUAUCUAUCCUCCAUCUCCUCCUAAGCAUGGGUGACAAGAUGAUCGCGACAGUGUCACCUUCUAAGAGGGACCAUACCAGAGAUAUUCUAGAUAUUGAUUUGCAGGCCUCCAAGGAUGUGGAGAACAUUGUGUUCUACCAGGUUCCAGCAAACUUGGGAUCAGGCUUGUCCAUGGAAAGUGAGAGAUCACUAAGAGUUCAUGUCUGCACAGACAACAGUGAAGUCAACUUCCUGGACAUUUUUCUUCAUCACCUUGUGGAGUACAAAGAGAAGUACAGAAAUUUGACGGACCUCCUAUUCCAUGAUAUAGAAUGGCAGAUUGAAGGUUUGCAACUUCUCUGUUCAUUUUUAGGCCCUGGCUCGGGUGUGAAGCAGGUGGAAUUCAAGAAGAAUGUUUUCAGCAAAAAAUCAGCAUUUGCUAUUGUUCCACUCUCUGAAAUGCUUCACAAGAACAACACCAUCAAAGCAGUUGUUUUCUCUGAAUGUAGAAUUGGAUCCACUGGAGCCAUGUUGCUUGCUUCAGCUUUGGCAAACAACAGAAGCAUGGAGGAGUUCCAAAUCUGGGAGGACUCCAUAGGCUCCAAGGGGGCUGAGGCACUCUCCAAGAUGAUUGAGGUGAAUUAUAUGCUGAGGAAGUUGAUUAUACUUGACAACAGUCCCAUUACAGUGGCUCCACUUAUCUCUGCUGUGCUGGCACGCAACCGCAGAGUGGAGGUUCACAUAUGGGGACACAGUCGUGGCACUAAAGGUGGCAUGGACAGCUGUAAAAUUGUUGAGUUCCUGCCAGAGACUGGGUGCAUGAGGAUCUACAACAACAUUAACUCCACAGGGUUGCAACGAAUUGCUUGUGCUCUGGCAUGGAAUACCACAGUGACGACACUAGACAUGUCUAGUGUCCCGCUAAAGUCCAAAUGGACCAAAGAGCUUAGAGGGGUCCUUGAACGGAACAGGAGCCUGAAAACUGUCAAGCUUAGCAAGUGUGCCCUUGGGGACAAAGCAGUGGUGUAUAUAGCUGCAGGGCUCUUCAAGAACAGCUAUUUAGAGAGCUUGAGUUUGGAUGGAAAUAGAUUUGGUGGACUAGGGUUGGAGCAUUUGCUAUGCCCUCUUAGCACCUUUUCUCCACUUCAGAGACAAGCCAAUAACACAUUGAAGGUUUUGAGUUUUGGAGGACAGCGAACGAAUAUAGGCAGGUAUGGUGUAACUGCAAUCUUGCAGAUGUUGGAGACAAACCAGAGCCUAAUUCAGUUGGCAAUAUGCAAUGAUGCAAGCUUGAAACCAAAUGAUGUGGUCAAAAUUUUUACUAGUUUAGAAAGGAAUGCCACUCUUCGAAGCUUUUCUUUGAGAGGCUGCAAGGGAGUUGAAGGGGACAUAAUCCUGCAGACCAUUAUGGCAACUUUAGAGGUUAAUCCUUGGAUUGAAGAAAUUGACCUGCACGGAACUCCUUUGCACGUUGCUGGUAAAACCGACCAGAUCUAUGAGAAGCUCUGUCAGAACGGGGAUCAUGUUCUGCCAAAUGAUUUUCUCGAUUUGCCACUGAGUGCUCCUACUUGCUGUCGAGUUUUUUUAUGUGCCCAGGAAUCAGCAGGUAAAAGCACGCUACAUAACUCCAUAAAUGAGUGCAUGAACCCAUUAAAGUCGCCUCAUACGGAUGUAACAAGUGCUUCGAAGACUCCGGUUGAGAAAAUGGCGUGCUCCAACGAGAAUAAAACUAAUGCUUUCUUUGAUGGUAACACAAAAUUGACAAUGUGUAGUCUUGGUGGGAAUGAGGAGAGUUUUGCCUUGAAUGAUUUUAUGUUUUUGGUGCAUGGUGGUCCAUGUUUUUUCGUGAUUGUAUCUAGCUUGGUUGUAAAGCCUCCUAAUAGGCACCCCAAAAGCAUAGAUCAGACUGAAUUGGAGCUGAUAUACUGGCUGAAGUUUUUGGUUUCAAAUGCUAAGAGAGUUUCACCAUUGUUUCUUCCCAAUGUAACUAUAGUUUUCACUCAUUAUGACAAGGUAGCUCAUCUACCAGAAGGGCUAGAGCCAAUUGCUGCACUUGUACAAAGGCUCAGAGAGGACUUCCAUUCAUAUGCAGAGAUUUACCCCACUGUUUUUGCUGUGGAUGCAAGAUCAUUGGUUUCAGUAAGUAGACUCACUCAUCACUUGCGGAUGACAGCUAAGACAGUUCUCCAGCAAGUACCUCGAGUUUAUGAAGUAUGCAAUGAUUUGGUUAGAAUUUUGCAUGAUUGGAGGUUGAAGAAUAAUAAAGCUGUCAUCAAAUGGUCUGAGUUUCGUGACAUAUGUCAGUUCAACGUUCCAGCGCUAAGAUUGAGAUCAAGGCGUGAUAAUGUGGAUAAAGUGGACACAAGAAGACGUGCUGUUGCGAAAUCACUGCAUAACUUGGGUGAAAUCAUAUUUUUUGAGGACCUUGGAGUGCUGAUCAUGGAUUGUGACUGGUUCUGUCGAGAUGUUCUCAGCCAAUUAGUUACAUUGAAAUCAAUCAAGACAGAAAGAAGUGGCUUUGUCCGCAAACAAGAGCUGGAGAGGAUUCUAGAAGAGAAGCUGUCCAACCAGAUUCAAGGGUCAAACUGGAGAGCUGGUGCUUCCUUUCAAGGCAGUGAUGUCAUAAAUUUGCUGUUGAAACUCGAAUUGUGUUAUGAACAGGAUCCUGGGAACCCAAACACGCUACUUCUAGUACCAGCUAUUCUUGAGGGAAGCAAAGAAGGGACUCAACAGUGGCACUUAAACGUGCCAGAAUGCAGAUAUGUAGGAAGGCGUCUUGAAUGCAAAGAUACACACAUGUUUUUGACAAGUGAUUUCUUUCCAAGGCUUCAGGUUCGUCUGCACAACAAAAUCAUGUGCCUGGGACAACAACAGGGUGCACUCUACAACUUGGAGAAAAACCUUAUCUAUACAGUGAUCAAUGGUGUCCAUGUAAGAGUGGAGCUGGGAAAGAAAGACUCAUCCAUAGGUGUGCUUGCGUGCUCCUGCAAAAGUGUUACUGACAUGGUCAGGAUAUUCCACAAGUUAAUAAUCCCUACCAUACUAAACUUGUCUUCCAGUUUGAUGUUUGAGGAAAGCAUUAUCAGAUCGGACUGUGUGAAGUAUCUCAUACCACAUAGGUUCCUCCAAACACAGCAGCUGCCUCUGAAAAUAAUAAAGCAAAUUCUUUUGUCGUUGCCAGCAGAAAGCAUGUAUGAAUAUGAGCAAACAUGGAGUGCAAUUGAAAGCAAUAAAAAGAUCAUUUUACGAUCAGGAUCAGACCAUGCCAGAGAUAUGCUAUCAGAUGAUGACUUCCAUGAAGUUCUUCACCGAAGGUACUAUGAUCUACAGCACCUCGCAUCUGAACUUGCUGUCACCCCAGACAAUCAUCAGCAACCCGAAAUCAUCCCUGAAACAGAUUUGGUUGAUCCUUCCAUAUUAGGCAUUGCAAAAGGUGUUGAGAUGGUUCUCCAAAGACUGAAGAGAGUGGAACAAGGAAUAAGGGACCUCAAGGAGGAAAUCGCAAGCUUGAGGUAUUACGAGUAUCACCUUGUGACUGAACUCCACAGGAAAAUGGACUACGUGAUGAAUUACAAUAUCCAGUUGGAGGAAAGGAAAGUGCCUCAGAUGUUCUAUCUUGUAAGCGUGGACAACCGGUCCAAACAGCUGGUCACAAGAAUACUGCCUGGGAUGCGGUCCCUACGGGUGCACAUGCUGUGUGAGUUCCGAAGAGAGAUGCAUGUAGUGGAAGACCAGCUCGGCUGUGACCUGAUUCAAGUGGACAACCAGACGGUGAAAUCCUUGCUGCCUUACAUGAGCAAGUUCAUGAAGCUGCUAACCUUCGCUCUCAAGAUCGGCGCACAUUUCAUUGUCGGGAUGGGGGAGAUGAUACCUGACCUGAGCAGGGAAGUCGUGCACCUGCUAGACUCCUCAGCCAUGUAUGGCACGGCUGCAUCGGCCGCAUCAGUGGGGGCUUUAGGUGCAGCAGCACUGUAUGGAAGAGGGAGGAACAGCAGCAACCAAGGUGGCGCUAGCGACAUGGGAGAGGAUAUGAAGACAGCCAGACAAUGGCUUGUGGAUUUCUUGAAAGGGCAGGGGAUUUUGACAGGGAUGGACAUAGCACAGAGAUUUGGCCUGUGGAGGGUUCGGUACAGAGAUGAUGGCCACAUUGCAUGGAUCUGCAGGAAGCACAUGGCCGCAAGGGAAGAGGAGAUCUUCGAGCUGCCACUUUAAAACAUCCAGAGCCCCAGUGGUUUCUGAUUAUUAUUUUUUAAUAGAAGCAAUGUAAGGUCCUUAUGCUUUCAGGUGUGUGCAAUUCUGGGAUGUACUAAUGAUGAAUUGCGAUGCCCCGAAACCAGGUAUUCAUAGAGCAACUUGCACAUGUAAUUGGCAACUUCACCAGAUCAUUUGCCUGUUUUUAUCACCCUGUAACGUGUAUGGUGCUUUUAUAUGCUAUUUUAUUUAUGUGGAACUGUGGAUCAUGAAUUCAGAACAUGAAGUGAAAA